UUUUUAUUAUUAUUAUUUUAUUUUUUUUUUACACGUUUUUUUGAAUUCGCGUUUCCUUCGCCGCCAUGGGAUGUACCCUGAGCGCCGAGGAAAGGGCCGCCCUGGAGCGGAGCAAGGCCAUCGAGAAGAACCUGAAGGAGGACGGGAUCAGCGCCGCCAAAGACGUCAAACUCCUCCUGCUCGGAGCCGGAGAGUCGGGAAAAAGCACCAUCGUGAAGCAAAUGAAGAUCAUCCACGAGGAUGGCUUCUCUGGAGAAGACGUGAAGCAGUACAAGCCAGUGGUCUACAGCAACACUAUACAGUCACUGGCAGCUAUUGUCCGUGCCAUGGACACCUUGGGCAUCGAGUACGGCGAUAAGGAACGGCGGGCUGAUGCCAAGAUGGUCUGCGAUGUCGUAAGUCGGAUGGAGGACACAGAGCCCUUCUCUCCAGAGCUGCUGUCAGCUAUGAUGAGACUCUGGGCAGACUCUGGGAUCCAGGAAUGCUUCAACCGGUCCCGGGAAUAUCAACUUAAUGACUCGGCCCAGUACUACCUAGACAGCUUAGAUCGAAUUGGAGCUGCAGACUACCAGCCCACGGAGCAGGAUAUCCUCCGAACCAGGGUCAAAACAACUGGCAUUGUAGAAACCCACUUCACAUUCAAAAACCUCCACUUCAGGCUCUUCGACGUGGGGGGCCAGCGGUCAGAACGCAAGAAGUGGAUCCACUGCUUUGAGGACGUCACAGCCAUCAUCUUCUGCGUCGCGCUGAGCGGCUACGACCAGGUGCUCCACGAAGACGAGACCACGAACCGCAUGCACGAGUCACUGAAGCUUUUUGACAGCAUCUGCAACAACAAAUGGUUCACAGACACCUCCAUCAUCCUCUUCCUAAACAAGAAGGACAUCUUUGAGGAGAAAAUUAAGAAAUCUCCACUGAGUAUCUGCUUUCCUGAGUACACAGGCCCCAACUCUUUCACAGAGGCAGUGGCCUACAUCCAGACUCAGUACGAGAGCAAGAACAAGUCCACCAACAAGGAGAUCUACACACACAUCACCUGUGCCACCGACACCAACAACAUCCAGUUCGUCUUCGACGCCGUCACGGACGUCAUCAUCGCCAACAACCUGCGGGGAUGUGGACUCUACUAAAGCCCCUUCCUCUCCUCCUCACACCCACCAGGAGCACCCUCCGGUCCCGUGGACAGGUUCCCCUCUCUCCUCCCACCCCAGAAAACUUUGCAGCCAGUUCUGCUCUCCUUGUUUGGAGUCGGAUUGGGGGGGGGUUAUUUUGGGUUCAGCCCCUCCCCGUCUCGUCCCACCUCCUCUGCUCCCGUUCCCGGAGCUGGAGCUCACACCUUGCCCACAAAGCACAUUUCAACUGCCAAAAAGACAAAAAUACUUCCUCUUUUUUUAAAAAAAAAAAGAAGGAAACAAAGUCAAAAGCAGCAGUGGUUAGCAACAGUGUAGUUUGGAACCAAAACUGGGGUGGUUUUUUUACCUUGAAAUAGGGAUGUUUUCAAUUCUCCUGGUUAUCUUCUCGAAAACGUGGUUAUUCCCUUAGGAAGUGCUAGAUACAACAGGAUGACCCUGAGGGUACUUUCUGGCUCCAGCUCCUAGCCUGAAGCUGGAGGGGCUGGUGUUGGACACAGCCACCACAGCCUGGCUUUCUACGUUCUCCUUUUUCUCCAGACAGCUCUUCUGAACAAGUCAAACAGCCAUACCAAGUUCUGCUGGUGUCCAGGGUGGACACGGUAACAAAACCUACUAAGCCUUAUCUAAAAAGCAUUUGUUGCCAGUAACAGCUGUUGGGUUUUUUUACCUCAAGCUUUUGGGGUUUUUUUUGGGGGGUGGGGGGAAAUUAAUGUUAGAAGUUGCCUGGUGGUUCCAGUGACCUGUUUCUGGAUGCCACGGAGCUGCUGGGCUGAGCGAGGUGGUGGCAGCAGAGCUCAGAGCUCAGCACUGAGGGUGCCCUGGGGACAGUGGCCCAGCAGGGAUCCUGCACUAGGGCAUCCUGGGCAGGUUGAGCACCCAGCUGCCUUUCCCAAAGCACCUCCCAGCCUUAGGGAUCUCAGCACAACCAGCUGCUCCUGCAGACACACACGGUGCCUCUUUCCAAACCUCAGCCCAGAAACCUUGAGGUGCACCAAAAAAAAACCAUUCAGCUCUGGCUUCUUGUAGGCAGAGUUUGACCUUCAAGUACCUGAAAGGUUCUGAGGUGCUUUGGGACACCUCCUCGUGCUUGGGUGACUGCAAGGAGCCUUCUGGCUCUUCAUUGCACCCUGGGCAUCUAAAUACCCUUGGGAAGCCCCACCUUGCACUCUGAGCUUCCUUGGCCAAGCAGAAGCAGGUAGCUCACCUGUGUCACCUCCUGCCUGGGCAGCCAAAAGAGACAGCUCCAGGUUUGGUGUUUCCAGUCAGGGCAUCUCUUUACCAGUGUCUAGAGUGGGAAGGAUGGUUUGUACUGGCCAGGCAGUGGCAAGGGAGGGGCUCAGGGAGCUGAUCUGAGCCAAGUGAUGGAGCAGGAAGGAAAAGCAGAAGGAAGAGAGGGGAAGGAGGAAAGAAGGGCAGGGGGAGAGGUGUGGAAAGGGGCAGCACCCAGCACAGCCAAAUGUGGGGUCACAGAGGGGAGGACAAGCCCAGCUGGGUGUGUGACACACGUGUGGCCACCCACCUGCUGUCACCUAGAGCUCUGGGUGUGUUGGGGUGCAGGUGGAGGGGAGUCUGAGAGCUGGGGUGUCCUGGAGCACGGAGGGGCCCUUAGAAGUCCACCCUGAGAGCUUCUUUGGUGUCUGGGUGAGACAGUCACCUCUGAGGUCCCACUCAGACCUACCUGUGCCUGGUGCCAGGAGAGAUAUUUUGGGGGUGGUUUGUGAGAGAAGUGGCAGGAGGGAGAUGAGGCAGGUGGAGGCAGCAGGAGGGAUGGAAGAGAAGGACACCUGGGAGCCAGAGGAGAGUCCCUGUUGGAGGUUGUGCUCUGCUGGGGCAAAACCCCAGCCAGGGAUGUGAGUGGGAGCAUCCCAGGGGAAGCAGGGCAGGAAGACAAGGUGGGUGUCCCCCACCUGAUCAGCUGACAGCAUGGUUGGUGUCAGUAACCCCCUGAAGAGCCUUUCCACAACUAAGCUGCAUUUAGCACCGGGCAGUGAGGACCCAGUGCUGGGCACUAACAGCAAUAACACCAGCUCUCUGCCCCCUGCUCUGGCACACACCAGUCCCCACCUCCCUCCUCACCAUCUCAGCCUUAAAAUACCUCCAGUGGCAGCAGCUCCCACAGAGAGCCAGCAAAGCUGGGUCCCUCUCUGCUCCUCACGCCACGUCCCAGCCACAAGUCUCCUUCUCCCAGGUCCCAGCCCCUCUCCCAGCUCCCAUUUAGUGCCAGCACAACCCUCAGCCAAAGGAAGAGCCAGCAGGAGGCCUGCAGCUCUGCUCGGGUUUGGUCUUGCUUAGGGUUUUCAGAGUCCAUGGGAAGGUUUUCCAAAGCAAGGAUUCCCCAUGGGAAGCACUUGCUGGAAGGGACCAGAGAUGGCAAUGGUGCUUCUCCCAGGACAAGGGAUGCUCCUGGAGCUCCUCCCCUGUGGUUGGAACACGUGUUGAGGGUCCAAACAAGGGCUGGAAAGCUGGAGGUCAGUUACCUGGGGUACAUAAAGUGUGUGGAACCCCCACGUGAGACCCCCCCCCCAGCCCCUGUGCUGGCAGAAACAGGCCCCACCCUGAGCUCUGUCCCCAGGGUUUCAGCAGCAGCACCAGGAUGCUGGAGGUUUUCUCUGCCCACCCCAUGCUCUGGGUGACCUUUUGUCCAAGAGAAGACUGACAGAAGCUGGUCCCAGGGAAGGCAGCACCAAGCCAAGGCUCCAGGAGCUCCCCCCCACCCCCAACACCACCAGGAUAAAGGGAGCAGGACUAAUUUUGUUGGCAAAGACCAUUGAAAUGAACUCAACCCCAAACCCUGCUGAAUGCAGCCAGGCCACCAGUGGAUUCAGGUAACCCUGGUCCAGCCAGGAGGUCCAGACCCUUCCUGCCCCAGCCCCUCAGCAGCUCCAGCUGCAUCCCCAGCACAUCAGUGACAGCCAAGGGCUGGUGCUCCACGGGGAGAAAAAAGAGGAGGAGGUGUUGACACUCAGAGCCUUUCAUUCCCUUUUCUUUGGCAUUUUGCACGUCUGCAGCUUCCCUCCAUGUAUGAAGAUGGGCUGAGGAAGCUGGGGUUGUUCAGCCUGGAGAAGAGGAGGCCCCAUAGUGACCUUAUAGCAACUCUCCAGUAUCUGAAGGGGGCUUUGGACGUGGGUGUGUAGUGAGGGGACAAGGAGCAAUGGUUGGCAGCUGAAAGAGGGGAGAUUCAGGUUGGAUAUUAGGAAAAAGUUCUUGGCUGUGAGGGUGGUGAGAUCCUGGCCCAGGUUGCCCAGGGAAGCUGUGGCUGCCCCAUCCCUGGCAGUGUUGAAGGGCAGGUUGGAUGGGGCUUGGAGCAACCUGGGCUGGUGGGAGGUGUCCCUGCCCAUGCAGGGGGUUGGAUCUAGGUGAUCUUUAAGACCCUUCCAACCCAAACCAUUCCAUGAUUCAUUCCAUGAUUCCCUCCCUCACAAAAGUGUCAGGAGGGUUUGCUGACAGAGGCUGGGAGUGGCACAGGGAGAUGAACAGUCUCCAGUGUCAAACACUACUAUUGCUCCCAUUUGAUGGCCACGCAUGGUUUUUUGUCUCCAGAACUCCUCACUGCCUUCCCACCUCCUCCCAGCCUUUUCUGACAGCCCUGCCUGCUGCAGCCAAGCUCCUUUUUGCCCUGAGCCUUCUCUCAAAGCCAGCCAACCUUGCAGCCCUUGCCUAGAAAGAAGCCCUUGAGAUGCACCUCCUGCUUCCAAAAACCUUCUUCUUAACACCCCCCCUGGUGCUCUGCAGUUCCACUGCUCCAAAUCCAGACCCUCAGAGCCCUUGAGGCUGGGUUGAAUUUGCCACCCCCGUGGAGCAGGGGGUGUUGCAGUUUCAGCCCUCACCCCAGGGGGUGGAUUUUCAAAGCAGGGGGUGGAAACACUUGAGGUGUCCACCCUGCUGCCCUUCAGAGCCCCCGUGGGGAUUUGCAAAAGAUGCUGGUUUGGGGGAUGCAGGAGGUUUUUAGUGCCUGGGGUGAGGAGUCCAGCAGCAGCAGCUGAGGGACAUUGUGUGGAAACCAUCAGUUGAGCUUCAGGCAGCAGCCAAAAGCAGGAGGGAAAGCCCCACACUUGCUCCAUCAGGAAGGAGAGGGUCGGGAGGGUGGAGCAGUGGGACCAGAAAAUAAAAUGCCAGUAGCUCCUUUAUUUAAAACCCCAAUCCCAAGGGAACAGGGAAAGCUGUAGAAGGAAAGCCUUGAGGUGAGGGUGCAGCCAGGGCUGGGGGGCAGAGCCCCUGCUGCUGCCAGGAGAGCCAGCAAGGAGAACACACCUUCCAAUACAACCACCUGCCUCAGGGGCUGGUUUGUCUGCAGCAAACUGAGCUGAGCCCCGUGCUGGGAGGCAGGGCUGGAGGAGCCCAGCGUGGCAGGGCAGCAGGACCUCUGGCCAAGGCCAUCUGUCCCUUCCAGGUGCCACCCCUGCCCUCCUGCCAGGCCUGGCCAGGGCAGCUGCCUCCUCACCACCCCUUUCCCAGGAAAACUUCCAACUAAAUCCCUCUCAGGAGUUUUCCAGGAGGUUUAGCUCCUUGCCUUCAGGCAGCUUUGCCUGGGCAGCCCAGCCCUCCCUGGAGAAGGGAGCAUCCUCAGGAGGAGGCUGCUGUGCCUCCUCACUAGGUGGGCUUUGGUCUUACAGGACACUAAAAGUAUUGAUGAGUUCAGUCUGUAUUUUAAGGGACAUUACACUGGACCCAGUGUUUGAAUCUAUGGUGCCAAGAGCCCCAUGCUUGCCUGCCAGGGCACAGGCUUUGUUCUCAGGCCAGGAAUGCCAUCUCCAGCAGGUCAGGAUGGGACAUGGAGGAUGUUCUUCAGCCAACACAUCCCCCUGUCCCUGGUUCUGGCUGUGCAGCUGCAGAGCUCACCCUGGGGCUUGUGCAGCUGAUGCUGCCAAAGGGACCUGCCCUGCACUCUCAGCCUGUGCCUCCCAGGUGGCCAAAACACCUCCUGGAGCCAGGGAGGGCUGGUUUUGUUCCUGGGAACAAGGCUGUCCAUCUGUCAAGUCAGUUAGAGAAGCUUAGUCCUCCUAGUGUGUUUGUGUCUCUGUCACGGGCCAGGUUUGUCUUCAGGCUUACGACCAAAAACUCCACGACCCUUUCCAAGGAGACUAACCAGGCUCACGAAGGAUCUGGCACCCGAGGUGUCAAGAUCAGUAGAGGUGGUGCUGCUGAGGUCCCUUCCAACCUGGCCUUCUAUGACCCUGAACCACCCAGACCCCCCCACUCUUGCAUCCUCACCAGCCAGCAGAGAUGAUGGUCCAGGUGGCACAACAGAGCAGACCAUGGUCUUGCCUCUACCUCCCAGUGAGCAGAGCAGCCAGAAACACUCUCCCUAAAUCCCCCUAGAGUGUCCAUUCCAAUCCCUGAGCUCCUGCAAUGACACCAGGUAAUGGAUGCUGACAGACAGAGGUACGUGGCCUUCACAAGACACUGAGGAGGUGGCUAUGGAAAGGACUUCUCCAAGGGCUGCCUGGGUCCCAGCCAGCAGCCUGGGAGAGCUUGGUCUGCCCAGCAAAGGGAGUUAAGGAACCUGAGUGGGCACCACCCUUAAACACUGGGGUGUCAAUAAAAGGAGGAAGACCAAAGCCUCCUGGCUGGCAGCUUGCAGGGCACAAGAAAAGGGAAGGAGCUGGGGCAAAACCAUCUCCAUGGGCCCCAGGAGCAGCAGGAAUGGGGAGACCCAGGGAGGAGGUGGAGGGCUGGGAGCCAGCCCCACACUCCCUGCCCUGGCCCCUCUCCCACCCAGCAUUCUUGGAAAUUCACCUGGAGACCAAACCCCAGCUGCCCUGCAGCUCUGGAUCUAAACCCCCUGCUCCAGAGCAGGCAGAGGAGCCCACAGCAGGUCACACCACCCCCACCUUCAGCAUUGCCUGAGUCUCACCAGCUUUUCCCACCCCGGAACAACUUGGUGGCUCUGGGAAGCAACCAGGGUUGUUCAGAGAACGCCCCGUUAACGUCGCCCAGCCCCUGGUUUCACACCCUCAGCCCCAUCUCCCCAACCUCCCUCCCCUCCCCUUUCAGCUCGACAAGGGAGCAGUGACCAUCACCCUGCCUCGGGGCUGCCCAGCACCAUCUCUUCCUGAAGGAUUCACCAGAGGCUGCCACCAUCCUCCUCUUGGCUGGUUUCCCACCGACUCGUUUCUCCUGCAUGUUCCAUGGCCCAAACUGUAUUAACUGUAAUUUUGUACCAAGAGUGACUGUCCAGUGGUUUAAUAGAGCAUUAGUUGUUGUCAUAAUUUAUUGGCUGUCAGUCAUGUAUUUAUUAGUGACAAACUGUUAAUAAAGUGCCAGCUCUUUUUUCUAGUGUGA